GGAGUAAUAGCUAUGAGCCACAAGAUGGCGCGAUCGCCUAUGAAUAAAUAUGACAGACGAUUACAAACACUCAUCAAACUCGUUUUCUUUUAAUUGGGCUACAAUAUCCAUACAAUUAAAGAUUUCGAAGAUUUCUAACGUGAGAUUUGAGCAGAACUCAUCAUUUAGCCUAUACAUUAAUAGACAGAAUUGUAAAUGCACAUCAAAGAGUUAAAUUUGGCAACUUAUGCAUCGGUUCGCAGAUCAAUCAAUUUUCUCGGCUAUUUGCCCUAACAUACAAACGUAAGCUCGUGACUAUCAUAACAAAGUUUAACUGUGUUCCGUUAGACACAGUGUGAUAUAAUUGGGUUCUUUCACGCGUGUAAGUGAUGUUUGGGCCAGAGGCAUGAUGGUUGUCUCUCUGGAGAGCUGAUCAUGAGUGCAGAGCUCAGAAAUCAGACGCUUCUCAUGAGCACAAACCCUCUCGAUACAACAACAUGGCAGAUUUACACACGCGGAUCAAUGGCACGGAAAACAGACCGCUGUUUGAAGAGACUUCAGGGCGGGACAAAAUUGUAAACCUCAUUGUUGGUGGACUCACAUCUGUGUUUGUCCUAGUAACUGUCAUCAGUUCUUUUGUCUUUCCUCCACCUCCGCCCCCAUCACUAAAUAUCUUCUUUAUGCUCUGCAUUAUCAUGAUCUGUUCCUCUAUAUUUGUGCUGAUAUUCUGGUAUCGUCAAGGAGAUCUGGAUCCCAAGUUCCGUGGUCUUAUUUAUUAUUCCAUAGGUUCCAUUUUUCUUCUGUGUCUGUGUGCCAAUCUGUACUUCCACCAUGUUGGCAGAUAAACGUAAAUACGUGUUCAGAUUUGUAUUGGGACAAUUGAUGCCAAAGAUUGUCUGAUGUGGAUGUAUUUUGGUAAUUAGUUUUGAUCUUCUUUGCCUAAAAAUCAUAUCAUUUAAAUAGUAUUUCACAGGAGUAAACUAUGUGUAAAAAUCAUAUUCAGCAAGACCAAUAUAUGUAAUUGAAAGACUAAUGUAUUGAACAAUAUUUACUGAAUGACUGCAACACAGUGAAUCAUUGAACAUACAAUAAACAAUAAUUUAAAGGUUGACAUUAAAAUGAGUGACAGUACACUUGAUAUUUGAACUUCAUAUUGAACCUUUUUCAGUCUCUCGACUGCCAUCUAGUGGUGCGCUGAAAAAGGACCAAUUUAUUUCCUGUGGAAUUAUUUCAAGUCAAUGUAAUGUAAUAAAGCUUUGUAUUA